CUCCAAGCCACGCGCAGUGCAAGCGGUAGCCAUGGCUCCAAUGUUGCAAUGUGCUUGGCUUCUUCUCAUGCUGCACUUCGCAGAAGUUGAAGGCGAUUGUUUGUCUGAUGCCAUUCCGUUGGCGCAGCGGAAGAACUUAACAGCUCUUGACCUCCCAGAGUUGGCAGUGACUGCAAAUUGGAUGCUGACCUAUCCGCGGCCACUGAGCAUCUUUGCUCCCGAUUGGGCCGCGGCCAAAGCCACGACUGCCGUGCUAGAGAUUCUCAUCCAAGAGAGGUUGGGAUAUCUCUUGUUGACCAGUGGAAGUGCUGGGGCAACGACAUUGGAUGCCAUGUAUGCGCUGGGUGGUUGUUCAGUGAAUGAAACCAGUCAUGAUCUGAGUUGCGAAGAUGAAGCGACAAAUGAUCACGUGAGCUUGGGCUGGACGGAGUCUUAUCAAUUGAGCUGGGAUCUCUUGCAUCGAGAAUAUCCAGAUAUAGCUCCCAGGAAUCUUGGGAACAUUGGCUACGUGGGCACUAGGUCGAUAUAUGUACCUUCCUCGCUUCAGCAGGAAGCUUAUCAGGCUGAAGGUCUUCCCUUGCAUGUCUAUCUCAGCUACAACAGCUCCGUCCACAACCCUGCCAGAUAUUUCGAUCAGGUGAAUGUCUCCAACGAGUCACUGACUUCAAGACUAAAACCCUGCAAUGAAACGCGACUUAUGUCGAGAUCUUUGAUGACUGCGUAUUUCCAAGCUACAGGUGAUAGCGAAGGUGUAGAUACCCUUGAUGGUGUGGUGACAGGACGUUGUUUCGAAGACUUCUAUUGGUAUGCGCCUGCGUGCCGUGGCUUAUCCAUUGCCACUACCUGCUUGAUGUUUUUCACGGGUGGAGAUGGUUGGAAUAUGGAGGAAGGCAUGCACAAAGCGGCUGCAUGGAAUAUGCCGCUGGUCAUUGGGGUGGCAAAAACUGACCAGGACUACGCCGCAUUGCCAUUUGAAGUCUCCAGCAUUUUCUACUGGUGGGUCCCAGAUGCGACAUUCUUGGCCCUGAAGCCCAUGGAGAUCAUCUUUCCAGGCCAUGACUUGACCAGUUGGCGCCGGGGAGAUCAACGGAGUGCAGCCAAGCAGAUCUCAGUGGACAAGUACGUGAGUCAUGAUUUGCGGCACUUGGCUCCCAGAGUUGUACAACUGGUCGAGAACUUCCAGAUGGACCUAUCUAUGGUGAAUUCCAUGCUCGAGGAGCAGCUGAAUACAAGGGAAGCCUACUCUUUAGUUGCAUGUCGAUGGCUGCAGUCCAACACACAGACCUGGCAAACAUGGUUGCCCAAGGCAUCCGAGUGUUUGCCGCGCUUUGGUGUGUACGACCCGCAAAGUGGUUUCUUAGCUGACCCAAAUGGAGACAGUGAGACGAACGACCUCGAGUGUCGAGCUUGCGAAACAGGUUCAUAUUCCUUACGAUCAAGAGACAAGAACGGCUCGACCUUUAUUUGCGAGACAUGUCCACCAGGCACAGCACAAGAGCUGCCGGGGGCUUUGUCCUGUGACCUGUGCCCGAAAGGGAAUUUUCAGGAUUUGCAUGGAAGCUCCUCUUGCAAACGAUGUAGCAUUGGUAGCUAUCAAGACGCCAAAGGCCAAUCUGCAUGCAAGGACUGCCCCAGUGGAACAACAUCCAUCGGCCUCGCAUCACAAAGCAUUUCGGAGUGUGGCUGCAAUGAAGGCACCAUCAAUGUUGGCCGCCAGCCACCUCUCCUGAAGGAUGACAUCAGAUGUGUGACAUGCAACGAAGGCAUCCGGUGUCCUUUCGCUUCCUCGAUUGAUGCCCUCCGAUCUGGCACAUCACCUCUGGGGGAUCGCUUCCUUCCCACCAUUCAAAGAGGAUAUUAUAGCACUGUGGAUCAGCCCUUGAUCAUCUUCAAAUGCCGGAAGACAUGGCAGUGUCCAGGAAGGGUACCAGGCCAGUGUGCCCGGGGUCGAACAGAGAUAGCUUGUGCCCAGUGUCCUGCAGGUGAAACGUGGAUGGGCAAUAGUUGUGCUGACUGCAAUUUGUGGGUCACUGGAGCGUGGGUGGUUGGAAUCGUUGUUUUCCUGAUGAUUGUAACCUGCAGCUACUAUGUGGUGAGCAACCACAUCUCGCCUAGAGCUUCUCUGUCGGAAUCUGUUGGCAUGAUCGCGCUGGUGAUGUUGAAUGCCGCUCAAUGUCUGGCCAUCAUUGGUCUCCUUGAUCUGUCAUGGCCUUCCGAAGUGGAGAUUUUCUUCAGCACCAGCCAGCUGUUCAUCCUUGACCUGGAUCUCUAUGGCCUCAGAUGCAUCAUGGGCUCGACCUUCAGCAACUACUUGUUCACAGUGCUCCUGGUGCCUGCGACGCAGCUGUGGCUGGUGCUGUGCUGUGUGGCUUCAUCCUUUCUAGCGAAAGACCGGCAAUGGUCAUGGCCCAAAGUCAGCAGCACAAUGGGCAGCUUGCUCCUCAGUGCCUUUUCAACCACGACUAUGGUGGCCUUGACGCCUUUUAUGUGCUAUGCACAUCCAAAUGGCUCCCGGAGCUUGCUGAAGUACCCCGAGAAACUCUGUGACGAACCUGGGGCACUGGACACCACAGGUCUUGUUAUGCUCACGUUGUACGUGGCGGGUUUCUGGGUCGUUUGUGUCUACGGAGUAUGUUGCUUGCCUUCCUGGAUGAUACAAAGGAGGCGAGAAAUGGUGCUAUCCUUUCGAUUUCUGAUCUUCCGCCUGCGCGUGGAUAGUUGGUGGUUUGAGGUUGUUUGGAUGCUGCGAGGUCCAAGCUUAGCAUUGGUCAUUUUGCUCUGGGCGGACCAGACAGCAGUGCAAGUAUACACACUAUGCUUCUGUUUUGCUAUAUGCCUUUUGUUGCAGACCUUCACAUGGCCGUGGAAAGUGCCCAUUAUGAAUUCGUUCGACGCAUUGGUGUCCCUCUGUCUCCUGUCCCUGGUGGUCGUUUCGCCAUCAGCCCGUCAAGAUGGCGAAGAAGCAUCCACGGUGGUCAUGGCCCUCUUCGCAACCGUCAUUUCUGUGCUGGUAUUGCUCGUCAUUUUCGUCAUCGUCCACAGAGGAGCUUUGCAUGAGCAGAAUGUCUUCUUCAACCUGGGUCCUGUGGAGUUCCCCCACGAGCUGCGUGCCAAAAUGCAACUCUUCACCGGCGAGCUUCAAAAAGUGCGAAAUUCAAAGAUCGAGCGUGUUCUUGGCCAGAUGUCCGUGCAUGAUUUGAGGCUAAUCUCUUCCUCAUUGGAUCUGUUGGUGGCCGAAAUCAUCCCAGAGCCAGAGCAACCCAGUGACGUGACCAGCGCAACUGGAUCUCCAACCGCAGGGGCCGCACAUGGUCGUCGCAUCUCAAUCCAAAUCCUCAACAGGAGUCAGACUAUGAGCUUUGCAUCAGGGCCAGAGGAGCCAGUGCCAGAGGAGCAAGUAGAGGAGGUGACACUUGCACCGCUGCACAGCGCUCCGGCUGAAGGCCUUUCAGCAGGUCACGAGCCAGUUGUGGAGAAGCCAGCUACUGACAGGGAAAAUGAGGACGUGGCAUCCAACAGCACUGUUGGCAAAAGUCGCAACAUAGUCUCUAUUAAGUGUUAAUGAGAAUUGCAGCGUCUCUGCAAUCCCAAGUCUCAAUUGAUGCAGAUAAGAUAUGGCAGCAACUGGGUCAUGCCUCUGGCGGAAAGACCCUGUUGUGUGCAUGAUCCAAC